UCUUUUUCGGCUCGAUGUCGAAAACCUGAAGUCGAAUCUUGUAGAUUCAACUAGAGGCUUCAUCAAGGCAAUUCUCGACUACGUUGUCGAAGACCACCGUGAAGAGAAUCGCAGCAUCUGCAAGGAAUUCCAGAACAUUGCAGACCGCGCUCUGAGGCCACCUCAGAACACUGAAGAAUUAGUGGAGAUGGUCGAAUUCGUCACCAGUGCUCAGGGAAUAGGGAUGAUUAAACUACAAGAGCGUAUUCAGGAGACGCUGUUUCGCGUAAAGUAUCUCUUUGAUAACUACUUCUUCGAAGACAGCGACUUUCUCCUUCACAGGGAUGUCUUCAUGUGGCCGAAGGAGAUCAUUCCCAUCUUUGAUCGACAUGAAAAUCUCGUCCUCGAAUCGCGGAAGAGAGCGGAGGCGGCUCUCUUGGAGAAGAUAGAUGCGACGAAGAAGGCGUUGGAGAAGAUGAAAACUCGUGUUGAGGAGUUUAGCGAUUACGGAGAGCUGGACAUGAUGGCGAUGUACGUCUCCGACGUCGUCAAGGUUCAGCGUCGACUGCAAGAGCUCUCAGAAACCGCGGAGUGGAUUCACAAGGAAGAAAAGCUUUUAAAGGUUCCAUUCACCACUUUCAAACUUUUUGAAGAAGUCAACAACAUUCUGGAGCCUUACGCCAAGACCUUCACUAUCAUCCUCAAGUGGAGAAAAGCACAAAAAAAAUGGAUGGACGGAUACUUCCUGGAACUGGAAGCCGAAAAAAUCGAGAACGAAGUGGACGAAUUCGCUCGAGAAAUCUUCAAGCUACAGAAGAUCUUUACCAGGGAUUUCAAGAAGAAAGAACAAGAGCAGGAUGAACGUCGAAGAGAUAGAGCGAAGGCGAGGCAGAAAGCCUUGGUGAUGGCUGAGGGACAGCCUAUUCCGGAGGAAGAAGAAGAGGAGGACGUCAAGCCUCCUGAAGCCCUCCACUUGUGCAAUCAAAACAUUAGUGACAUUAAGAAGUUUAAGGAGAGUGUACCUCUCAUUAGCAUCAUGUGCAACCCUGGGUUGCGGGGUCGUCACUGGCAAGAGAUGUCAGCUUUAGCUGGAAUGGACAUCACUCCCGAUGCUGGUUCAACCUUGCGGAAGGUCAUAAAAUUGAGAUUGGAUAACUUUUUGGAUCAGUUCGAAGUCAUUUCAGGAGCAGCGUCAAAGGAGUUCUCGUUGGAGAAAGCCAUAAAGAAGAUGAGACAGGAGUGGGACGGGAUUUGCUUUGCUUUAUCGCCAUACAGGGAGAGCGGGAUCUCCAUCAUUGGGAGCCUGGAGGAGGUUCAGGCUCUCCUGGACGACCAAAUAGUCAAAACACAGACCAUGCGCAACUCUCCCUUCUGCAAGCCUUUUGAACACGACAUCUUGGCUUGGGAGGCCCAGCUGACGAGAGUUCAGGACACGGUGGACGAGUGGGUGAAGGUGCAGGCCCAGUGGUUGUACCUGGAACCCAUCUUCUCCUCCGAAGACAUCAUGCAGCAGAUGCCAGAGGAGGGUCGCCUCUUCAAGACCGUUGACAGCAACUUCAAAGAAGUCAUGCGGCAGACAGUCAAACACCCUGGGACGCUUGAAACCGCCAGCGCCCCGGGUUUGCUGGAAAAACUCGUGGAAAGCAACAUCUUUCUGGACAAGAUCAACAAGGGUUUGAAUGCGUACUUGGAAAAGAAACGCCUUUUCUUUCCUCGAUUCUUCUUCCUUUCUAAUGACGAAAUGCUGGAAAUACUUUCUGAAACUAAAGAUCCACUGAGAGUGCAGCCUCAUUUGAAAAAAUGUUUCGAGGGCAUUGCAAAAUUAGAAUUCAGCCCCAAUCUUGACAUUCAUGGCAUGUUCAGCAGCGAAGGAGAAAAGGUAAAAUUCUCCGAGACUGUUUCAACUUCAGACGCUCGCGGCGCAGUGGAGCGGUGGUUGCUGCAGGUCCAGGACGUCAUGCUCAUGUCCGUCAGGCAUGUUGUCAAAGAGGCAGUGCAGGCGUACCCUGAGGCGGAGCGAACCACUUGGGUGAAAAACUGGCCAGGACAGGUAGUGUUGUGUGCAUCGCAGGUCUACUGGACUAGCGACGUUCAAGACGCCAUUCAGGACGCCCCCACCGGUCUGCACAAGUACCACAAGGUGCUGCAAACGCAGCUGGGGGACAUCGUGGAGCUGGUGAGGGGCAAGCUGACCAAACAGCAGCGCAUCACGCUGGGGGCGCUCGUCGUCAUCGACGUCCAUGCGCGUGACGUGGUGGAGGACAUGGCCGAGAAAGGUGUAUCCACCCUGAACGAUUUCAACUGGCUGGCCCAGCUGCGCUACUACUGGGAGGGCGACAUGAUGGUUCGCAUCACCAACGCCACCGUCAAAUACUGCUACGAGUACCUGGGCAACUCCGCUCGUCUGGUCAUCACCCCCCUCACUGACCGCUGCUACCGGACCUUGGUCGGAGCCUUCCACCUCAACCUCAACGGCGCCCCCGAGGGUCCGGCCGGCACGGGCAAGACGGAGACCACCAAGGACCUGGCCAAGGCCUUGGCCGUCCAGUGCGUCGUCUUCAACUGCUCUGAUGGUCUGGACUACAUCGCUAUGGGCAAAUUUUUUAAGGGUCUGGCUUCGUCCGGGGCCUGGGCUUGCUUCGACGAAUUCAACAGAAUCGACCUGGAAGUGUUGUCUGUCGUUGCUCAGCAGAUUCUUUGCAUUAUACGAGCGGUGCAGGCUCACGUGGACGAGUUCGUGUUUGAGGGCACCAAACUGAAUCUCAACCCCAACUGCUAUGUGUGCAUCACUAUGAACCCAGGCUAUGCUGGUCGCUCGGAACUUCCAGACAAUCUCAAGGUUCUGUUUCGCACGGUGGCCAUGAUGGUCCCUGACUACGCGAUGAUUGCCGAGAUCUCGCUGUACUCGUUCGGUUUCCUCGAUACCCGCAAGAUGUCGAUAAAGAUUGUAACGACCUACCGUCUGUGCUCCGAGCAGCUGUCCUCACAGUUCCACUACGACUACGGCAUGCGCGCCGUCAAGGCUGUGCUAUCUGCUGCCGGCAACCUCAAGCUCAAGUACCCGGAUGAAGAAGAGGACAUCUUGAUUCUACGGUCAAUCAUAGACGUGAACCUGCCGAAGUUCUUGGCGCAUGACAUUCCCCUGUUCAACGGGAUCAUCUCUGAUUUGUUUCCGGGACUACAACUGCCGAAGGCCGACUACCAAGUAUUUUUGUCGGCCAUGGAGCAUGUCUCGAAGCAGAAGAACCUACAGUUCGUUCCUUUCUUCGUGGAAAAAAUUAUCCAGACUUACGAGAUGAUGAUCGUUCGUCAUGGAUUCAUGCUAGUCGGGUUACCUUUUGGAGGAAAGACUGAAGUACUGCGAGUUCUUCAAGGAGGGAUGACAAAAUUGAAUGAUGAAGACUACAAAGAAUAUGAAAAGGUUUAUCAACGCACGAUCAACCCAAAGUCCAUCACUAUGGGACAGCUCUUCGGCCAGUUUGACCCUGUAUCCCAUGAGUGGACCGACGGUGUGAUUGCUAACACCUUUCGAGAGUUCGCGUCCCUGGACACGCCGGACCGCAAGUGGGUCAUCUUCGACGGUCCUAUCGACGCCGUGUGGAUCGAAAACAUGAACACCGUGCUGGACGACAACAAGAAGCUGUGCCUCAUGAGCGGGGAGAUAAUCCAGAUGUCACCCGUCAUGUCCCUCAUUUUUGAGUCACAUGAUCUCUCGCAGGCUUCCCCGGCCACAGUCAGUCGAUGUGGGAUGGUGUAUCUGGAGCCCACGACUCUGGGCUGGAGGCCCCUUGUGACGUCAUGGUUCAACACCUUCCCUAUUGUCCUCAAGGAGUUCGUGCCGAUGGUGAACGACAUGCUUGAGUGGCUUGUGGACCCAUGCCUGGACUUCGUCCGCCUGGAAUGCAGGGAGUACACUGCCUGCGGGAGUUCCAACAAAACGGUGUCUUUGAUGAAGUUUGUGGACAUGCUGAUGGACUCGGCUGUCAAGGACCCCAACGCAGCUCUCAACAAAUAUCUUCCUGUUUGGCUUCAGUGUUGUAUAUUGUUUGCUGUUCCCUGGUCCAUUGGAGGAUGUAUGGACAUGGACUGCCGCAAAAAGUUUGACGAGUUCUAUAAAGGAAUUCUCACCAUGAAGAGUGAGCAAUUCCCUCCUCCACCGACGCUAGGCAAACUCGAAUUAAAUCUACCCCCCGAGUUGGAAUGUUUUGAAAUGUACUUUGAGCAAAAGGCACGAGGUGCUUGGAAGCAUUGGGACGAGCUGCUGAGGAACGUAGACAUAAAAGCUCAGUCCAUCCGCGAAAUGCUGGUUCCGACCAUGGACACGGCCCGCUACAGUUACCUCAUGGACUACUGCAUCACCCACGCCCGGCCUGUGCUGUUCGUCGGCCCAACAGGAACCGGAAAAAGUGCUUAUGUGCAAGAAAAGUUAAUGCAUGGCAUCGACAGAGUGCGCUACAUCUCCACUUUCGUCAACUUCUCCGCGCAGACCAGCGCCAACAUGACGCAGAAUCUCAUUAUGGCCAAACUGGAUAAGCGGAGGAAAGGUGUUUUCGGCCCACACAUUGGCAAGAAGGCAAUUAUCUUUGUAGACGAUCUGAACAUGCCGGCCAUGGAAAUUUAUGGCGCACAGCCGCCCAUUGAAUUGCUUCGGCAAUACAUGGAUCACGGCAACUGGUAUGACCUGAAAGACACGUCCAAACUAAUCCUGGAAGACAUACAGCUCAUAGGCGCCAUGGGACCACCAGGUGGCGCUCGUAAUGCCAUCACCCCGAGGCUGCUGCGCCAUUUUACCAUCAUUUCUAUGAAUCCUUUCAACGAAGCCACGUUGAACGGAGAGUUUGCUGCAGAAUUCCUGGCUGCUGGAGGAUACAUAGUUCAUGCAACCUUGGAGAUCUACGACAAGGCCAUGAAGAAUCUGCUGCCAACGCCAGCCAAGUCUCACUACAUCUUCAACCUGCGGGACUUCUCCAGAGUCAUUCUGGGCGUCUGUCUCAUUACAAAAGAAGAGGCGAAGGAUAAAAGCCUUUUUAUUAGGCUGUGGAUCCAUGAAGUGAUGCGCGUGUUUUACGAUCGUCUCACCGAUGACGCCGACCGCGCCUGGCUCUUCGAAACAGUUAAGGAUUUGGUGGGAAAACACUUCAAGAUGAAGUUUGAUGAAGUAUUCGCUCACUUAGCAAACGGAGGAAAAGGUGGUAAGUGCAAGGAGGAGGACCUGAGGAGCUUGAUGUUUGGGGACUUCAUGACCCCAGACAGAGAGCCAGAAGAUCGAGUGUACCAGGAGGUUUCCUCGCUGGCAGACAUGUACAGCAUUGUGGAGAGUUGUCUGGAUGAAUACAACAACACACACAAGACAAGGAUGAAUCUCGUCAUCUUCAGGUACGUGCUGGAGCAUCUGUCUCGCAUCUGCCGCAUCCUCCUUGUGCCGGGUAGCAGCGCGCUGUUGGUUGGAGUGGGAGGCAGCGGCCGGCAGUCGUUGACCAGACUGGCCUCAGCCAUGGCCGGCUACCAUAUGUUCCAGCCAGAGAUCUCCAAGAGCUACGGCACGAAUGAGUGGCGGGAAGACAUCAAGAAGAUUCUCAAAAUCGCUGGAGGACAAGGACAACCUAUAGCCUUCCUUAUCACGGACACGCAAAUAAAGAAAGAAUCCUUUCUCGAAGACAUUGAUGGCUUGCUCAACUCCGGGGAGGUGCCGAACCUCUGGGCGUCUGAUGAAAAGGCCGAAAUCAUGGAGCAAGUACGCGUCGCUGCCACCAAGGGAGACAAAAAUGCGGAGUUAAGCCCCUUGCAACUGUUUUCUUUUUUUGUCAACCGUUGUCGGGAGAAGCUGCACGUUAUGAUCGCCUUCAGCCCUAUAGGCGAUGCCUUCAGAACACGACUCCGCCAGUACCCCUCCCUCAUCAACUGCUGCACCAUCGACUGGUUUCAGGCCUGGCCUGAUGACGCGCUGGAGAGAGUGGCCAUCAAGUUUUUGGAAGGCACCGACAUCGACGAAACUGUGAAGAAAGAUACAGUGUGGACAUGCCAGUACUUCCACCAAAGUAUAUGCGCUCUGUCGGAGAGAUAUUUACGGCAGCUUGGGCGGUACAACUACGUGACGCCUACGUCCUACCUAGAGCUGAUUAAUGCCUUCAAGACGCUGCUACAGAAGAAGCAGGACGAAACGUUUACGGCCAAAAUACGUUACGUCACUGGAUUAGAGAAGCUGCAGUUUGCAGCGUCUCAGGUAACAGACAUGCAGAAGGAGCUAGAGGAUCUUCAGCCGAUGCUUGUUAAAGCCCAGGCAGAAAACGCCACAAUGAUGGUUGUUAUCGAAAAAGAGUCAUCUGAGGUAGAGGAGGUAUCCAUAACGGUGAAGGCUGAUGAGGCUUCAGCUAAUGAGAAGGCGGCCUCCGCCAAAGAACUGAAGGAAGAGUGCGAAGCGGAUUUAGCAGAAGCCCUGCCAGCCCUGGAAGCUGCCUUGAAUGCCCUCGACACUUUAAAGCCACAAGACAUCACCAUCGUGAAGUCCAUGAAGAACCCACCAUCCGGCGUCAAGCUGGUGAUGGCGGCCGUCUGUGUCAUGAAGGACAUCAAGCCGGACAAGAUCCCUGACCCCAACAAGCCAGGGGUUAAGAUCUUUGACUAUUGGGGUCCGUCAAAGAAGCUGCUAGGAGACAUGUCGUUUCUGGCAAGCUUAAAGGUGUAUGACAAGGAUAACAUUCCAGAGCACGUCAUGACGAAGAUUCGCAAGGAAUACUGCACCAACCCGGAAUUCGAUCCUGCCAAAGCCGCCAAAGCCUCCUCUGCAGCGGAGGGCCUGUGUAAGUGGAUCCUCGCUAUGGAGAUCUACGAUCGGGUGGCCAAGGUGGUGGCGCCCAAGAAAGAGAAGCUGCAGCUGGCAGAAACUGAACUGGCGGAGACGAUGGACAUCCUCCGUGAGAAGCAACGACAACUGGCCGAAGUCGAGCGCCGUCUGGCCGACCUCAAAGCAACAUUUCAUGCCAUGACACUGGAUAAGGAGCGCCUGGAGGAUCAAGUGGACCUUUGCGGCAAGAAGCUAGAUCGGGCCAAGAAGCUGAUUGGUGGGCUGGGCGGCGAAAAGACAAGAUGGACGGAAGCCUCGGACCUUUUGCAAAUCAUCUACGAUAACCUCGUCGGCGACGUCCUCAUCUCGGCCGGCGUUAUCGCCUACCUGGGACCUUUCACCUCUGCUUUCCGUGACUCGUGUACUGAGGACUGGGUUCAGCAGUGUCAGGCGAAGAAAAUUCCGUGCAGUGAGCACUUCUCUCUCAGCCACGUCCUUGGGGAACCAAUCAAAAUUCAAGCCUGGAAUAUCGCUGGUCUUCCUAAGGACUCCUUCAGUAUCGAUAACGGCGUCAUCGUCGCCAAUGCCAGGCGGUGGCCUCUGAUGAUUGACCCUCAAGGGCAAGCCAACCGCUGGGUGAAGAACAUGGAAAAGGACAACGUUUUGUCUGUCAUUAAGUUAACGGACAGUGACUUCAUGCGGACACUGGAGAACUGCAUCACGUUCGGCAACCCCGUCCUGAUGGAGAACGUGGGCGAAGAUCUUGACCCUUCCCUGGAGCCGCUGCUGCUGAAGCAGACUUUCAAGCAGAGUGGUAUGGAUAUGAUUCGCCUGGGUGACACCCUGGUGGAGUACUCCCACGACUUCCGCUUCUACAUCACUACCAAGCUGCGCAAUCCCCACUACCUGCCAGAGUUGUCCACUAAAGUCUCCCUCCUCAACUUCAUGAUCACGCGGGAAGGCCUGGAGGACCAGCUGCUGGGCAUCGUGGUAGCGAAGGAGAGACCAGAGCUGGAGCAUGAACGACAGCAGCUAGUGAUAACCAACGCAACCAACAGGCGGCUUCUGAAAGAGAUCGAGGACAAAAUCCUGCACACUCUCUCAGCAUCAGAAGGGAAUAUUCUGGAAGACGAGUCGGCCAUCCAAAUUCUGGAUUCGUCCAAAGUGCUCUCAGUCGAGAUCACUAAAAAGCAGAAGAUCGGGGAGGAAACGGAGAAAAAAAUCGAAGCCUCCAGAAUGGGUUAUCGACCCAUUGCCCACUACUCUGCCAUCUUGUUCUUCUGCAUCACAGAGCUACCGAACAUAGAUCCCAUGUAUCAGUACGCCCUCACCUGGUUCGUCAAUCUCUUCGUCUCAUCCAUUCACGACAGCAACAAGUCGAAGGUUCUGGAGAAGCGCCUGCAGUACCUGUCGGACCACUUCACGUACAACUUGUACAGCAACGUCUGUCGCUCGCUUUUCGAAAAGGACAAGCUACUCUUCUCCUUUACUUUGUGCUGCAACAUUCUGAAGUCCCGUAACGAUCUGAAUCAAAAAGAGUUUCUCUUUCUGCUCACUGGAGGGAUCGGACUUGAAAACAAGUUGAAGAACCCUACUCACGGUUGGUUGAGCGAUAAAAGCUGGGACGAGCUCUGCCGCCUGAAGGAUCUGAAAGGUUUUGAAAAAUUCAGGGAAGAUUUCGAGAAAAACACCGACCAGUGGCUGGAGUAUUACAACUCUAAAGAACCCCACAACACAGAAUUGCCGGCUCCAUGGCAGGAGAACCUCACCGACUUCCAGCGCAUGAUUGUUCUGAGGAUCAUGCGGGAGGACAAGAUUGGUCAGGCUGUCACGCAGUUCGUCAUGGAGAAGCUGGGGAAGAAAUUUGUGGAGCCACCUCCCUUUGAUCUGUCCAGGUCCUACAAUGACUCCAGCGCCUGCACGCCCCUCAUCUUUGUGCUCUCCCCUGGCGCUGACCCCACCAUGAGUCUCUUGAAAUUUGCGGACGACAAAGGGUUUGGUGGGGAAAAGUUUAACUCCAUAUCCCUUGGCCAGGGACAGGGUCCCAUCGCUGCCAACAUGAUUUCACUGGCCCAGGAGGCUGGGACGUGGGUGCUGCUACAGAACUGUCACCUCGCGGUGUCCUGGAUGACCGACCUGGAGAGGAUCUGUGAGGAAAUGUCACCUGAAAAUACAACAAGGGACUUUCGUCUCUGGCUUACCAGCUACCCCUCCCCAAAGUUUCCGGUGGCAGUGCUGCAAAAUGGCGUCAAGAUGACCAACGAGCCCCCAACAGGGUUAAGGGCCAACAUCCUCAAGUCGUACCUCAACGACCCAAUCAGCGACGAGGCCUUUUUUGCCGGUUGCCCAGGAAAGGAUGAGACGUUCAAGAAGCUGCUUUUUGGAUUGUGCUUCUUCCACGCGCUGGUGCAAGAACGGCGGAAGUUCGGUCCAAUGGGUUGGAACAUUUCAUACGGCUUUAAUGAGUCCGACCUGCGCAUCUCUGUGCGCCAGUUACAGAUGUUCAUUAACGAGUACGACGAAGUUCCCUACGACGCCAUCACCUACAUGACGGGGGAGUGCAACUACGGGGGUCGAGUCACAGACGACUGGGACCGCCGCUGCCUCAUGACGAUCCUCAGGGACUUCUACAACCCUCAGGUCGUCUCCACGCCCAAGCACAAGUUCUCUCCCAGCGGCCUGUACUACUGCCCGACCAAGGGCUCCUAUGACCACUACGUCGAGUUCAUCAGGUCACUGCCUAUGACGCAAUAUCCGGAAGUGUUCGGCAUGCACGACAACGUGGACAUCAGCCGGGAGCUGGCAGACGUGCGAGAGCUCUUCGACUCACUUCUCCUCACGCUCGGAGGUUCAGGGGAAGGUGGCGAUGAGGACAGCGAGAAAACACUCUUCAACAUUACCUCCGAUAUUCUCAGCAAGAUACCAGAAAACUUCAAUGUGGAGCAAGCCACGAAGCGAUACCCUGUGGUGUACUCAGAAAGCAUGAACACAGUCCUCGUGCAGGAGAUGGAGAGGUUCAACAGGCUGCUGAGCGUGAUCCGGACCUCGCUUCAGAACGUGAAGAAGGCCAUCAAGGGGCUGGUGGUGAUGUCGGCGCAGUUAGAAGCUCUCUGUCGCAGUCUUCUCAUCGGGAAGCUGCCUGCCAUGUGGAUGAAGGUCUCCUACCCAUCACUCAAGCCUCUGGGUUCCUACGUCACUGAUUUCCUCGACCGCCUCAAGUUCCUGCAGGAUUGGUAUGACCAUGGGAAAGCCAAACAUGUUCUGGGUGUCGGGUUUUUCUUUACCCAGGCGUUUCUGACCGGGGUGGUGCAGAACUUUGCCAGGAAGUACACCAUUCCCAUCGACAAGCUGGCCUUCGACUUCUUGGUGCAGAACACAAGUAAAGUUGACAAAGCCCCGGACGAUGGAGCCUACGUGUGGGGGCUCUUCCUGGACGGGGCCAGAUGGGAUUCAACGACAAUGAACCUGGAGGAGCAGCUACCGAAGGUUCUGAACGAGCCCCUCCCGGUGUUGUUGCUGAUGCCGAGUAUGAUGGAUAAAAUUGACUACUCGGACAACCGCUACCGGUGUCCUGUGUACAAGACGAGCGAACGUAAGGGCGUCUUGUCCACCACCGGCCACUCCACCAACUUCGUCCUGCCCAUCCUCCUCCCUACCCAGAAGCCCGUGCAGCACUGGAUCAAGAGAGGAUGCGCUGCUCUCUGUCAGCUCGACGACUGAGCGACGAAAGGUUGCCGAGAUCUUUAAAGGGGAGAGAAACUGAUGAACAUCAAGAGACUGUGUGUGUGAUUGGGCGUGUGUGCGUGUGUGCGUUUGUGAGUGUACUCAUGUCUCUAAGAGUAUGUGUUCCUGUGUGUGGGUGUGAAUGACUGGGCGAGUGUUGGGCUGGCAGGAUUCAAUCUUUCACAUUAAUCACAUAGCUCACAGAUGUCAUGUACAUCAAACGCGCAUUAAGAUCCCAUGUCGAGAUAAACUCAAAUCUUGUCUAACCGGAGCAUCUUUAUGUCCUCCAAACGGCAUUUUGUAAUUUAAGGAUCUUAAAAAGGUUUUUUCAAUUUUCUCUCUUCAACGUAAUAAUGAAAUAAAGGUAGUG